CGGGGCCACCUAACCGCCUCCCAGAACGACUGUCGAGUAGGAGAGUGACGUGAACGACGAUCUAAACAAGUAUCAGCUGGUGGCAGUCAUUGUUCGUAACUUCGUAUCCGUUUUGGCAGGCGUACAAGAAUCCUAUUUCUUCUUUUUUUCCCGUCGCUGUACGGUCCGCUGGUGCAGCAGCAUCGCGUAGGAAAGGGGGCAAAUUGCAAUUUUUGUACAAUCGUGGCUCCGUGCUUUGCCCCACCAACGAAACGAGCGAUAAUAAUUGUGUGAAAAACGGGGUGGUACGCGAACAAGCCUGGCCUCGAGCGGCGAGUCGGACGACGGUGGACUCGCUCCGCCACCGCGCAAAAGGUCCCGUAGUUCUCUCUCGGCUACCGUAAGACCAGCGGACGAGCUCCACUCCAGCCUCGAGAUGGAAAAUUUUCGCACGAUGCAGCAGGCGUCUAAUGGUGUAUCUCCGCCGCCUGGGCCUCAGCAAAACGGAGCUUCGGCAGAUUCUGGAGGCCUGCAUAGCAAUGGCAACAUAGCACUAGGACCUGACAGUGAUCUAAAUGGUCUGAACGGAGAGGCAAACAGAGCUCCGGAGACGUCGAAAGUUAUGGACAAAACAAAUCAAGACAUUGUGCGACUGAUUGGUCAGCAUCUGAAGACAGUUGGACUUGAUCGCACAGCCGAUCUACUUAUGCAAGAGUCCGGAUGUCGUCUUGAUCAUCCUUCUGCAGCAAAAUUCAGGCAACACGUAAUGGAUGGGGAUUGGAACAAAGCAGAUCAUGACCUCAAUGAAUUAAAGUCCUUUCUACAUGGAUCCAGUCAGAGUCUCGUGGAAAUGAAGUUUUUGCUGCUGGAACAAAAAUACCUCGAAUAUUUGGAGGAGGGUUUGGUUUUAGAGGCCUUACAAGUUCUACGUAACGAACUCACUCCACUUGGACAUAAUACUGGCCGUGUUCAUCAACUCUCAGCUUUUAUGAUGUGCAGUGGACGCGAUGAACUACAGACACGUGCUGGUUGGGAUGGCAAAGGUCCAGCCUCCAGAGCUGCCUUAAUGGACCGAUUGCAAAGAUAUCUACCACCUUCUGUUAUGCUCCCGCCACGUCGCUUGCACUCCCUGCUCUGCCAAGCUGUAGAAAUGCAGAAUCAGCAAUGUACAUACCACAUUACUCAGACACAGACAAGUUUAGAGAAUGUGUCUCUACUGGUGGACCACAACUGCAGUAAGGAACAAUUCCCAUGCCACACAACUCAAGUACUUAAUGACCACUGUGACGAAGUCUGGUACUGCAAGUUCUCUCCAGAUGGUCUUAAGCUUGCCACUGGUUCCAAAGACACAACGGUCAACAUAUGGGAUGUUUGUCCUGACACCUUAACUGUGACGCAUAGAAAGACUCUGGAAGGACACUCUUACGGAGUGGCACUAAUUGCGUGGAGCCCUGACAGUAGUCAUUUAAUUGCUUGCGGACCUGAAGAUUGCCCUGAACUUUGGCUUUGGAGUGUCGAAACACCUGACUGCGAACUUCGAGUGAAGUUGACUCAAAGUCCAGAGGAUUCCUUGACUGCAUGCGCAUGGCAUCGCGAUGCCAAUAAAUUUGUCGCCGGAGGGCUGCGAGGUCAAUUUUAUCAAUGUGACAUGGAAGGCAAUGUUAUCGAUUCAUGGGAAGGUGUUCGGGUAAAAUGUUUAUGGUGCAGAAGUGAUGGAAAAACUGUUCUAGCAGCUGACUCACAUUACCGCAUACGUGGUUACAACUUUGACGAUCUGUGCGACUUCACAGUACUGCAAGAAGACCAUCCGGUAAUGUCCUUCAGUGUGAACAAGUCAGACCGACUUGCUCUACUCAAUGUAGCCAAUCAAGGCGUUCAUCUCUGGGAUCUACAAGAUCGUUGCCUUGUAAGGAGGUUUCAGGGUGUCACGCAAGGACAUUUUACAAUACACAGCUGCUUCGGCGGUAUUAAUCAAGACUUUGUUGCCUCUGGAAGCGAAGAUAACAAAGUCUACGUUUGGCACAUAAAGAGAGAAUUGCCUAUAGCUACACUGGUAGGCCAUAGCAGAACUGUUAACUGCGUAUCUUGGAAUCCUGUUUAUCAUCAAAUGAUGGCUUCUGUGUCUGAUGACUGCACGGUACGGAUAUGGGGGCCCCGACCCUCUACCCCAGAAAGGUCAGAUAGUGUCAAGACUGCAGCGCCGGAAAGUAGUUCAUCAAAUGGCAGUGGAUGGCACGAGAUGGUGUCGUAGCGGUUCAAUGUAGACUGUGAUUCCCAUAACCCUGUGGUGUUCAAAAGACUGCCCUGUUGACCCUAUAUCUUGAAAAUGAAUAAUUCGAUAAUCUGCUCUACUAUAUCCUGAUCUAUCACAGCUCUGGAGACAACCGCGGGCCUGAUAUAAACAGCGCUUAACGCUCAACUGAUUUGCAUAAGCCAGUAUCCUCCAACGGGUAAUAAUCGUGUAACAUUUCGCAUGAUGAGUGCAUUCAAGUAUACGCACUUUGUAGUCCAGCCUUACUACAUUUCGCAAUUAUUUCGGCAAAAAGCACUUUCAUCGCCUAUUGAUUUGCCGAAUUUUGACGUCAUGUCAACUCACACCGAAAUGCCACUAAGCUCGUAACAGCAAACUUUCAUUUAUAUAAGUACUGGUACGUUCAACACGACAUACAAAUAAAGUGUUUUGUGCCUGGCCAUUAGUUAUACUGUAUUGGUUAGUGGGUACAAAUUUUAAUUUAUAGACAUUGAUAUCCAUUCAACAGCUGCACUACAUUUUUUUCAUUAAAUUAUUUUCAGUUGUGAGAAACAUUAGUUUACCUCCAUUUAGACAUUCAAUCAUUUACUACUUCCUUGGAAAUUUGAUUGCUCAUCUACUUCGCUGCCGAAUAUUGAACAUCGACUUGCGAAAACUUCAAACGCUAUGUCUUACAAUUAGAUACUGGUCUUCUAAAUUUGACUUAAAAAGGAGUAAAUAUUUAAAUUUUUAAAGAUGGGGAACUGUCAGUCUGGCUGCAAAAAGCAUUAUCUAUCUGGAGCGUAUUGAUAAAGACAAUCCCUUGAUAAUGCUGUGCCAAAUUAAUUUGAUUAGACGAUAAUUGAAUUCUUAAUAAUUAGUGAUGUGUAAGUGAAAAUAGGAGCAUGUGUGAUAAUAAUUUUUCGAUACAAACAAAGCUAUUACUCCAUCUUAACUUUUGUAGAUUAUAGAAGAAGUAAUGUAAAAUCUCAAACUGUGCCCUAACUGAUCGCACUAGGUGCAAUUGGGGAAAAACAUGUUUCCACUGACCUGAAAUAUACAUGAUUCAUUGAUUUAUAUUUCAUGGAGUUACUUCACAUGAUGAUCACAACAUGCAAGUUCAAUGUUGGGCAAACUCUCAAACCGAAUAUGAUCUCAUCAAAUGUCACCAACAGCAAAUUGAAAAUAAGAUGUGAAACUCGUUUUGAAUUUGCUUGAUUUCAGAAAGACUCAGAUUAUUUUAACUCUUGUGUUUGCAAGUUACACAACAAUCCAGGUGUAAGAUACUGGAUAACUUUGUUUACAUUUCCUACGAGUACCCUCGUAUAAAAUGCUUUCAAUGAUCGAUACCAUAAUAGAUGUACAUAUAUACUGUGUAAUAAUUGCUCGGAAUUCUGAAUCUGUUUUUGAUGCAAAGUACAAAAGGUUACCAAGCAGAAAAAUCUCUGCAUCAACAUCUAUGUACAAGCAUCCUGAUGAAAAUGCACAUUUAUGAUAUCAAUACCGAAAAAACAUUGAACAAAAAAUUUAUAUUUCUGUGAAUAAAGUUGAGAAUACAAAACUGGUGGCUAUUGAUGAGAUUAUAUGUGUGAUAAACUUUUCAAUAUAUGAGUUAUCAUUCGAAGUGAUAAUAACUCGCGAAUGAAAUUAUUUAUACAUACGUAUGUGUAUAGGUGUGCUUUAAUAUCAAUGAAAAAUACAAUAAAAAAUUGAGCCCAACUUGACACGUUUUUACUAAAUUUAAUCUGAAAAAAAAAUGUAUCGAACCAGCAUGACACCUUUUUUUUGCACUGAAAAUGUAUCCUACCUGCAACCCUGACUCGUGGCUAUCCACAUCACAUUUUGACCUACUAAUUUUCAUGGCCUAAUCCAAUGAUUCUAAAAGUUCUACAAAUGCUUGUUUCCUGUAGUGUACGAUGUUGCAGCAAGCCUGAAUAAUUUUGGUAUCCACAUAAGCGAAGAUCAUUGGAAAUGAGAGAUGCACUUAAGCCUUAGGGUAAGAUUCAGA